UCCUCUCUCCGUUCGCCGCCAUGAGCAGACCGAAGGCGCUGAGCGGGGACCGCGGUAUCGCGCGCGUUAAGUGAACCUGUGAGCUGCGGACAUUCCCGCGUGAGUAAAUGGGCUUGGAGGUUGACCGGGCGGAAUGUAAAGGAUCCCGUGAAGGAUGGGAGGAAAAAGCUCCUCUGCUGCUGCUGCGUUCCUGCCGCCGCCACCGCUGCCGCCGCUGCUGCUGCUGCUGCUCGCCUGCAUGUUCGCGUCUCCGGUCCGCGCCGACAGCCUAUCCGCCCCACUGAAUGUAACCAUCAAGACCUUAGAUGGCAAUGCGGCUGUGGUCACAUGGGAAAUCUUCGAGGGAGAUCCGGUCAUCGGGUUUGCCAUCACACAGCAGAAGAAGGAUGUGCGCAUGAUGCGCUUCAUCCAGGAAGUGAACACUACCACUCGGUCCUGUGCAUUAUGGGAUUUGGAGGCUGAUACAGAGUAUAUUGUCCAUGUACAAUCCAUCAGCAUGAGUGGCACAAGCCCUCCCAGUGAUCCUGUCCUCUUCCGCACACCAAAAGAGUCUGAGAAAAUGGCAUCCAAAAGUCCUGAUGAGGUGACGAUGAAGGAGGUUGGCCAGGCUGCCCAGCUGAGGGCCGGAGAGCUGAUCAUCAUAGUAGUGGUCCUAAUCAUGUGGGCAGGCGUAAUAGCUCUCUUCUGCCGUCAGUAUGAUAUCAUUAAAGACAACGAGCCCAACAACAACAAGGAUAAAGCCAAGAACUCAUCGGAGUGCAGCACCCCCGAGCACCCUACAGGGGGCCUAUUGCGCAGCAAGGUCUAACCAACCACAGGCAAUAACAGGCUUCAGCCUCAGGACACAGUCGAGACAUACCGGAAAGCCAUCAUGUGACAUUAUUGUGAAACAAGAGUGCCCAUCUUCAUUUGAAAGGACUCUCUAAUAUCACAUCCUAUAAACAGAUACGGACCCCUUGGUGCUUGUCUAUGAAGUGCACAAAGACAAUGAUACACUCGAGCACAUUUGACAAGAAUACUUGAGCACAUCUGAAAACUGAAGUGAAGACCUGAGAAUUGAAAACUGCAUGACCGGGUGUUCCCUCGGGUCAGGCUCCGAACAGAAACGUUCCCUAAGCUCUGAGAAGAGAGAGCUAGAAAUCCCAGGACACUCUGCCUCCAGCGCCACCUCGCACAGAUAAGCAAAAUGUGUCAUCACCUUUGAGGGAAGAUGAUAAUAAACCAGAAUCGUGCUAUGAAUGAAGGGGAACAAUUCUUUCCCCCCAAGCUUUCUCUUCUUAUCAAUGCUGAAACAGGAUCAUAUGAGGAAGGGGAUAAACUGAAGCUAUUUCACAUAUCUCUCCGUCUUUCUCGCUGCAUAUUCUCUCUUAUAGAUUUUUUUUUUUUAAUCUCGUUUUAUGCCAUUUGGUUGCAAUUUUCAUCAUACUUUUCCUUUUCUUUCCAUUCAUUUUUUCCUUGCUUGAGGUUUCCUUUUUCACCCUGAAAAGGAGUCACCGCUGUAAAUGUGAUAAUGUAUAUUGGUGCAGUGCGAUCUCUCUCUCCAUAAGCACUCUCUCGCUCUCAGGGCAUCCGAGUUAAAAUCCAGAGGAUGAAUAAUACAAUGGCUCAUGCUGAACUUCAUCCAUCACACCAUCCAUGCCAGUCCCAUCGCAAUAUAUAGACGAUAUAUUCGUACAUUAUAUUAAUACAGUGAUGGAGAAUAUAUUUAAUCACUCGUGUGUAUUGAGUAACUCAACAGCUUGCCGUUGAUGAUGAGUAUAUAAAUGUAGAGUAAGUUAUUUUGCUCCUCAUUACCUGGUAAUGGUCAUGUUUUAUGAGUACUGCUAUAAUUAUGCUUCUGCAGUGACGUAUGGCUCCAUUAGAGAUUCUGGUGCCUUUCCUCCAAAGCAUUUCCUUGCCAGUGUCCCGUCUCCUUCAAGACCUUCAACGCCCUCUUGUCUCAUUCUUGUGUAAUAAAUUUUCCGUUUGACAGUUUAAGGGAAGUAUGUGAGAUGAGAGAACGGCUUGACAGCACGCUAUUGGUGUGUCAGGACUGAUGGACUUGUCACUUACAGCGCAGCCGCUGACAUGGACGUCGUCCUCCUGGGACAAACUCAACAAGUCAUCAGUUUGCUGGACGCAAUAAGAACAUGCUUAAUGCAGGUCAGAUGUCUAGAAAGAAUUGAUUUGUACCCUGACAGGACGUGCAAAUAUGGAGAAUACUGUAUGUCCAAAAGAGCAGAUGGAGUCCAGUUUUGCUAUACAAACAUAAUAAUGCACCUGUAGCAUCACACUAACAUUAAUGGGGAUUUUUUAAACAUUUAGACCCAUGAGUUAGUUUGUAUGCUCUAGAAUAAGGACCAAAUUAUUACUUAAAUAAGAUGCUUUUUCGCAAUGUGUACUACUUAUAAAUUCAUGUUGACUAACUGGGAGUCUAUAAUUAUUAGGGAUGCCAGCUGGUCGAUACUAUUUUUCAGACUCAGUUUGAGUACGUAUUUGUUUUUUUACACGUCAAUACCGACAACGAAAUACAUAACCUACUUAGUAUUCAUCAAUCAGGGAUGUCAGGGAAUAUUGUAUUUAGCUCUGUUUAGGUUUCCUUUUCAUAUUGCGGCCCUGAAAAGCACAGAGAUGCGUGUUCAUGCACUUUCACCACUAGGCUUGUUCUUUAACAUUGGUUAAACAUAAGUUAACAUUAGCUAGCGAGCUGAUUUUAAAUGAAGCGCAUUAGCUAGCUACAUUAGGUACUUUGGAUCAUGUCUUGUUGCAGUGCAGAGUAGGUUUUGUUAUUAGAGCUGUAAUUAAAGUACGAAUAAUUUGUUGAAAAUAACCGAUAAUGGCUGAUCCUAACGAACAACAUGCUGGGUAAGUUAUUUUCACUCACCUAGCAUUGUCUGGAGACAUCUUUUCUCACCUACCCAAUGUUUGCUGCUAGCACUGAACUCCUCGGGCUGGCUUUUCUGUUCAAGUAACCAGAUUUUUUUUGAUCAGGUUAUUAUAGGAAUAUGCUGUAGUUCCUCCUCUUGAUAUUUUCACAGAGCACAGUUUGCCGUCUGCUUUGAUUGCUGUUGUUAAUCGUGAUGUACGUCCAGAUCACAGUCAUUUCGCCUUGCUUGUUCAUUCGCGCAUAAUAUCGCGUAUAAUCGGAUGUUGGUAUUAGAGUAAUUUAUGAUAGAUUAUGAUUAGGAAUAAAUGAGCAUGGUAUACCAGUAUCAGGUAGCAUCCCUAAUCAUUAUAAUUACUAUAAUUUGGCUGCAUGAUGUGCAUAUUAGCAAUAAUAAUAUUGCACCAUACUGCGACUGUGAUAUUCCCUGUGAUAUUUUAACACCCAGUGUUGAACCCUGGUUAAAGACUUUACUUUGAAUUUGUAUUAAUCAGGAUAACAGCACAUCAUAAGCCACUUGGUGACAUACUUAAGGGCUCAUCUAUGUAUUUAUUACAUAUUUCAGCUGUCAGAGAUAUCAGUAUUACAAUUUCCAAUAUCGAGAUAGCGUUUAAGGAAACAGCAUGUCAUGCAGCUUUUCUCGCAACGAUUGGUAUUCAGCGCCGUAACUGAUUGAUGGCAGUGUUAAUCAUGUGGGUUGAAGGGUACUUGAAGGAGUCUCACUGCAUUUAAACACUCCCCCCCACCCCCGUCCAGACAUACGGCCAUUACAUUGUCAUGGCGGCAGCCUAACAGACUGGCCUCUCGUCUGUUCCUUCAUUUUUCAUGCCAUCCCUCCCACUGCCAGCGGAAGAAACUCAAUACUUCUCAUCUAAUGACUGCUAAUUAACCUUGGCCACAGGGAGAAAGCAGGAGGGCCGCCGGGUGAAAAAUGGCAGACAUCAAUAUACUGACUGGGCAGCUUACAUAAGGCAGAGAGGAUUAUAUUUUCCCCUCCACAGAUCAUCACUUUCCUCCUGCUAGUUCCUGCUCAAGAAGAUACAAUGAGAGACACCGAAUGAGAACGAGACGAGACCACAGUGUUCCUAACCAAUGCUCGGCUGUAUUGACCAGAGACGAUGUCCCACACGUAACCCACAAAAUAAUCAGAGAGGCAAAUGUUCUUCUCACUCCCACAAUCAGUAAUGGCUUUUUUUUUGUUUGUUUGUUUGUUUUUUUUUGUUUUUUUGUAUAGGUAUUAACACGUCUAGCCUUGAAAACGGUUUGGAUUUAAAAUCACUUCCAUAAUAAGAGUCUGCAAGUAAGAAUGUGAAAUGUCUGACUCUUAGUAAUUCUUUUGUAAAUUCUCAGAUUUUCAUUUUUUUUUUCCCCCCCUAAAGUCCUGUUUUACUCUAGGCAUAAAAAGAAAAACUUUCUAUGAAGGUCAUAUCUAUAAUUAACAAUAUCAACACCUUCAUAUCAUGUUAUACAUUCAUAAGGCAUUAUACAGAUUUGUAUACUUAUCUAUAUAUGCAUUAAGAAUUGUUAACAUGAUGCAUUAUAAGCAGUGUUCAUAACAUAAUACAAACUGUCUUGCCAAGUGCUUUGGAGACCUGUCUUGAUUUUUUUUUUUUCUCUCUAUAAUACAUGAAUUUAUCAGCAAACCAUAUUACAAAACUUUACAACUUCUGAAAGAAUACUGUAUGUGCAGUGUAGUUUUGGGGCUCUGUGACACUGAUUUAAUAAAUGGUUUUCUGUUAAAUAGACCUCAUUUUACUUAGAGCUCACAAGUACAACUUAUAAGGUAUUAUAAUUAGGUUAUCAUAUCACAUGCCAGUCAAAAGUCUACACUCACAAAUCAAAUGUCUAUAAAUUCAGUGUGACCAUAAUACAUUAAGCAAACUGCAGCUGAGUUUCCUUGGUAUUGGUUGUAUAAUGUGUCGUAAACCCUGCUUAUAAUGCAUUCUAUAUAUAAGAAUUUAUAAAUUCUUUAUAGACAUUGCUAUGAACUGUAAUGCCUUUUUUUAUAUAUAAAUAAUUAUAACACUGUUUGCAAUGUAAUUAACAUUAGAACAUGUUAUGAAUGUAUCCAUGGGUCAUUAUUCACAUGGACUUCAUAGAAAGAGUUACCAGAAUAACCUUAUUGAAAGAUUUAUGUACGGUACCAGUCAAGAGUUUGAACACACUAACUCACAGCUCCAGGGUCCCUGGUUCGAUCCUCAGCUUGGGUUACCGCCUUUGUGUAGUUUCACAUGUUCUCCCUGUAUUCGUUUCCUCUGGGUUCUCCAGUUUCCUCCCACCUUCCAAAAACAUGCAGAAAAAAACAAUCCGGUAUGACCCUGACCAGGAUAACGCAAUUACAUAAGAUGAAUAAAUGAGUGAAGAUGGUUGUUCCAAAAUAUUAUUAUCUCUAAUGCUGUCAUACAAGAGUCAUACAAGUCUGAUAGACCUUGGGAGUAACAGGUCUUUAGAUGAAGACGAUGACCAACUACAAUUCAAUCAUGUGUGCUUAAACUUUUGAUUGGUACUGCAAUUGAACCGACCUAUAUGCAGUGACAAAAUGUAAUAAAAAUACAACAAGCAAGUGUUUUUCAUUUAGGCUGAUUAAUGAAACAUUACAAUUUAAUUAUGAAAAAAGAGAGGAAACAUUUUUGGCUGUUCUAAUCACACACAACAAAAAAAAAUGUACAUCUUAUGACGGGAAAUAUAGGCAAAUGUAUCUCGUAUUUCCUAUUAUAAGAGUACAAUAAAACAAAUAUAAGAUUAUUACGUUUUGGAAAGUAUCCAAAAGUAUUGGAACAGUAAGGUCAAUUUUAUUAUUUGAUUGUUGUUGUUUUUUUGUUUUUUUGCCACUCCUAAGAGCCAAAUGGCUUGCUGUUCUACCAUAGACAGCUCUCUGGACUUCAUGUUGGUUUAUCCUUUUUAACAACAAAUGCAGUCUUCACAGGUGAAACCUAGGGCCAGACCAAGAAUAGAUAUUCAGAGCUAUUAAUUCUUUAAACAAUCAAUUGAACAGGGCACACCUGGGCAGUAAGGAACACCUAUUAGUCAUAUGUUCCACUUUUUUUUUUUUUAUUAUCACAAAAUAGGUGGGUUCAAACAAACGGUUGCGUGUUUUAAGAUGUUUAACACAUCUCACUGUAAAUAUCAGGAAAUGAGAACUGAAAAUUGAAAUUCUGAUUGAUCAUCUAAUAUUCAUCUUUUGAUCUCAAACACUUUUUGAAGUAUAUAUAUACUCAGCAAAAAAAGAAACGUCCUCUCAUAUCUCACAUUCAACUGCUUUUAGUUCCAGCAAAUUUCUUAACAUGUGUAAAUAUUUUUAAUAACAUAAAAAAUUCAACAACUGAGACAUAAACUGAUCAAGUUUCACAGACGUUUGAUGAACAGAAAUGGAAUAAUGAAUCCCUGAACAAAGGGGGGGUCAAUAUUAAAAGUAACAGUCAGUAUGUGGUGGCCUCCAGCUGUUUUAAGUACUACCGUGCAUCUCAUCCUCAUGGACUGCACCAGAUUUGUCAGUUCUUGCUGUGAGAUGUUACUCCACUCUUCCACCAAGGCAUUUACAAGUUCUCGAUCACGUCUGGGGGACACAUGGUUACAUGUAAUUUUCCACUGGAAGGACGAUCAGCUGUCCUUCCUGUCUCCCUGUAGCACCGUCUUAGGCAUCUUACAUUACAGACAUUGCAGUUUAUUGCUCUGAACACAUCAGCAGUCCUCAUGCCUCCCUGCAACAGGCAUGUUCACGCAGGUGAGCAGGAACCCUAGACAUCUGGAGUUCUUCAGAGUCAGUAGAAAGGUCUCUUUAGUGUCCUAACUUAUUGUAACUGUGACCUUAAUCACCUACCGCCUUUAAACUUUUCGUGUCUUAAGGACUGUUCUACAGGUUUAUGUACAAUAAUUGUUUAUGGUUCAUUGAACAAGCAUGAAAAACAUCAUUUAAACCCUUUCCAAUAAAGAUCUGUAAAGUUUAUUUGGAUUUUACAAAAUCAUCUUUAAAAUACAGUCUCCUGAAAAACGUUUCUUUUUUUGCCAAGUAUAGAUAUAUACAUACAAGUCCAAUUCCAAAAAAGGUGGGACACUGUAAAAUGUCAAUAAAAACAGAAUGCAAAUCUCAUAAAUAUAUAGAAUGGGCAGCUUGCACAUCUGGAACGGCAGCACCAAUGCUGUAAGGUAUAUAAAGGUUUUAGAGCAACACAUGCUUCCAUCCAGAUUCCAUCCCAUCUUUACUUCUGAGAGACUCUGCCUCUCUAAGAUACUCUUUUUAUACCCAGUCAUGUUACAUGUAACUAACCUAAUUAGUUGCGAAAUGUUCCUCCAGUUGUUUCUUUUUAGUAACACUUACUUUCCAUCCUUUUGUUGCCCCGUCUCAAUUUUUUUUGAGAUGUGUUGCGGCCAUGAAAUUCAAAAUUACCCUAUUUUUUCCUUAAAACUGUACAUUUGCUCAGUUUAAACAUUUGAUAUGUUUUCUAUGUUCUAUUGUGAAUAACAUACGAGUUUAUGAGAUUUGCAAAUCAUGGCAUUCUGUUUUUAUUUACAUUUUACACAAUGUCCCAACUAACCUUUUUUUGAAGCAGAGAACAAUACAAAUAGUGCUACCCUGCAAAAUUUGUAAUUGAGUUCUAGAGGAGCAAAGUGCACAGAGUAGAGGAGUAAGAGUAAGUAUUUAUUUAUUUAUUUUUAAUAAUAGGGGCUUCACAGAAGAGGUGGGUCUUUAGACUUUUUUUUGAAGAAGUGAGAGAUUCUGCGGUCCGGAUUGAGGUUGGAAGUUCAUUCCACCACUGAGUAACAGUCAGUUUGAAGGUUCUGGAAACGGACCUCGUGCGACGCUGAGUGGACACUACUAAGCACCGGUCGUUAACUGAUCUCAGGUUGUGUGAGGGAACGUAAACCUCAAGGAGAGUGUUGAGGUAGGAGGGUGCUCUUCCAGACAAGGUCUUGUACGUGAGCAUCAAGGCAUUGAUGCGGGCAGCUACAGGAAGCCAGCGGCAGGGGAUGAAAAGGGGUGUGAUAUGGGUUCUUUUGGGCUGGUUGAAGACGAGGCGUGCUGCUGCAUUAUUCAAUCAUCUCACAUGAGCGAGUCUUCAGAACAGAGGACUAUUUUCUACUGUUUGGGAAUUUCUCAGAAACAAGAAACGCUGCAUUGUUUUGUCUGUCUUAUCAAGGGAAUUAAUAUUUAUAGCUGCUUCUAUAAUGUACAUAAUAACAGGAACUAACCUGUUUUGUAUUCCACAACAUUAGCUGUUACUAGAAAUGGUUAAAAAGUACCAUCCUUUAAUAAGUUCUUUGCUGUGUUAUAAGAGAAAUAAAACACUUCGGCAAAUGCUUUUAUUUGAAAGAAAUCAUCUCUGUAAAGGUAACAGAUCACACACCCUCAUCGCCUGAUUAUUUUCAUAUACCAGCAUGCCACAUUGUGUUUUAUUUUUUGCUCGUACAACCAAACUGUAGUUACAGCAGUGCCUAUAAAGCAGCACGGCCAAAUGUAAAGAUGCCAUAGGCCUGUAACAAUUUACUACACCCAUAUAUGUGAGAAAGGUUUUAUGUUUAGUAUAAAAUACAUAUUGCGCUUAAAUUUGAAAAAAAAAAAAAAAAGUAUCGUUGUUAUACUAGUGUUCAUCGUGCAUGUGUUUUUUGGUUUGUUUUUUAUUACUAGUAACAAGAAGGUUAUGAGAUCACAUCCCCUGACUCCCAGUGAGACACUGAUGGACACUUGAGCAAGGUCAUUAACCCUCAUCUGCUCAUCCCUGUGCUUGGAUUGUAAGCUGUUUGUAAGUAACUAAUAGAUCUGAUUGAACGGAAAACUAUGGUAAAGUUGUUGGUAAAAAGGUCAAAGAGGUGUUAUCUUAUGUAAGCUGGAUGUAGACUACAGUACAUUUGUUGAAAUCCCUGAUCAUGCCUUUAAGAUGUUAAUGAUUUAAAGCUACAGUUCUUGUACAUAUAUUCGUGUUGUGGCUACUUCUAUAGCAUUCCCAACUGUGAGAUCAGAGCCCAAGCCUUAAAGCACUUAAAAGAGAGAGAGAUGCUAAUAACAUAAAGGUGGAAUUGACAUUAUAUUGUGUUGUAAUUAAGCAGAACCGAGAUGGUCAUUGAUAUCAUUGUCCAACAUAUUUACUCUGACGCAUGGGCUUCAAAAGAGGAUGAACGUUCAGUGUAAACCACAAGAGUCUGUGUUACUUGAUGUUCAUAAAACAAUGCUUCAUGAGGGCUAGCAUGUUUCUGCUGUUCUAUACAAAAUUAUACAAUUUAUAUGGAUUAAAAAUUACAUGUCUACUUAUGUACUGCCACAAAAAUAAUAAAGUAUUAAAUAUUUUCAUACGGGCUAG